AUGUCCUCAGCAUACGCAUUCACCGACUAUCGAGCACAAGGCCAGACCAUCCCUUAUGUGCUCAUCGACAUCGCCCAGCCUCCUUCGAACGGCCUGUCCCUGUUCAAUUUAUAUGUGGCGUUGUCGAGGAGUUCGGAGGAAGAUGACCGUUUGGAGAAGAUGGACAAUAACACAAAAGAAUGGUGGAAGAAGAUGAGCAGAGGGCGAGUGGAAUAG